UUGUUGACCAAGCCCUGUGCGCCAGGUCAUUUUCCGUUUCAUUGCUACAUCAACAUUGUCGUCCGAGAGGGUCGUGAUCAUGGCUCCCGUUCCACUGGAGCCAAGGUUGAGCUACACGGGCAUAGCCCUCGUGGCUCUGCAUGCCUCGAGCGCCAUCUACUUCACCCUCAGUGUCGCGCGCAGCCUCGCCCACUCGUACAAGUCGCUAUCUCCCGCCCAGGAUGUCAGGUUGCGCCAGGACAGAAGAAGGAAGCUCGUGCCUCUGUUUUCCGGGCUGGCCCUGCUGAGCCUCGGCACCGCCAUCUACUCUGCUUACACUUACACCCAGCUCUCAUACCAAGUCUGGGCCGAUGCCAGGGGUUAUUUGCCCAAGGCCCAAACCAGCAUCUUGGAUGAUGUCACUGGAAAUGUCACCACCAACUUGACGAAUACCGGCCAACCGAAUGCCACGGAGCUAGCAAUUUACAGAAUCCGCUGGCUGGCAGACACGCCAAUCUACCAGGACGCCUUCGAGAUUGUCGCCGAGAAGGCGCGGCGGUUCUGGUGGGGUCAGCAGAUCGACCUGGCUAUGGUCCCCUGGAGUGUGCUCCUGGCCAUCGAGGGCAUGAGGCGCAGGAUUCCGAAUCUAUUUGCCUUCCUCUGUCUCGCGCACCUGGUCAGCCUCUCGUUCGCGCAGAACCUAUUCUACGUGGCCUUGCUUUUGACGCCGACGCCGUUGCCCGCUGUGGACAAGCCAACCACAAGAUGGACUCGUGUCCGUGACACCAUAUCGCCCCCCAAACCCCAGAAUUGGUCAUUGAAGCCAGGCGUCUUCCUGCUCUCCAUCGCCCUUAGCUACGCAGGAAUCUUCUACCUACCAUAUGCGGCGGCCACCCCGACCUUCAACCGCGUCGUCGCCGCAGCGAGAGGCCUAACCUUUGCUCCCUUGAUCCUGCAGAGCCUGGCACCCGUCUCAUGGGGCCUUGUCCACCCCCAUCCCGAGAAGGCCGAUUCCGCCUUCACGGACCUGUUCAGGCUGAUGUCGUUCCUGAGUCUCGCACUCCACGGCGUUACAACAUUCACUGGCCUCCGGUACAAUCUUCCGGACUCGCACUACCACCGCCACAGCAAAUUGCUGCCAUGGGAUAUCGAGGAGCGAUCAAGGUGGGAGCGAGCGCGGACAGCCUCGGGGAAGCUCCUGGGCUCGAUGGCAGACCACCCCGUCGUCGCGGCCGUCGGCUACGAUGUACUCGUGAGCGGCUUGAGCCUCGGGAUCUGGGCCGCCGUGCGGUCCCUCAGGGCAAGCCACAUUCUCACCUCAGCCGUGCCGUUAUACGAGGACACCAACAACGCCGCCAGCGGCGGGCACAUCUCAGAAGAAAAGGCAACAGACAAAGACGACGACGACGACGACAAGGCAUCCACGUCCGGGUCGGUCCGCCGGAGCGGCAGGCAGCACAAGGCGCGGGUCCCCAGCGUCAGCAGCGUGACCAGCCGGGACGGCGACGACCAUCACCACCGCGCGGCAGCUCCAGCGCCCCGGCGCAGGGGCCGGCCGAGGAAGGUCAAGCAUGACCCGGAGGAGGAGCCAGGCGACGAGACGUACAAGCCCUCGGCGGAGGAGGUCAGGAACAGCGCGGAGGGGGACUCGCUGCCGAGCCCGGAGGUGGACUGGGAGGCUGCCGCGGUGGCCUGGGGCCUGACCGCGCUGGGCGGGUUGGGCCUAGGCAGCGCGGGCGUCUUUGGUGGUGAGUGCCUGGCCCGUUGAGCUUUGGCCUGGUCAUUUCCCCGGGUCGGGUGGGAAAUGGUCUCUCGACAUAACCUCUCGACAUGGGCACUAUUAUUGUUAUCGUGAGAUGGGGCUGGAGGGGGGGACCCGACGUUGCAGUGGGAUGGGCAGUCAGCCAUAUUUUUGUCAUGGCGGGAUGAUACUACCACCAUACGUUCUUUUUUGGUGCGUAGUCCAAGCGUGCAGUAGGGAGUACACGGCCUGGCCCCUUAAUAUUUCCUAGUGUGAAGUUAUUGAGGAUUCCCGCACCGUUGAUGAGCUACGAUGAGCCAAUCUGCAGUUAAGGAGGAGCGCUCGUGUGGACAGUCUUCGCAAGAUGUCGUUGAACCAGCGCAGCCUGGCUCGUCUGGGGUCGACGCCCCAUGGAUUAGACUAUUAGGACAUGAUUUCCUUGCACUAAAAUUAAUUACCCUACUACGGCACAUAUGCUUUCCGUGCCUUCGGAAUGCAACGCUGGGAAGGCUUCCAAGGCUGGUCAAAGUUUGCCGAUUCCGAAGUUAGGCUGACGGACGGGUGUCGGGGCCAGAACAGCGCCCCUGGAAAGGGUGAUCCCCAUCCAGACUGCAGUAGUAGACUACCCUAAAUUUCUGCCACUCCAAGACCCCACGCCGCCAGGGGAGGGGGGGACCGGGGAUGUCCUACAUGUGUGUGUGUGUGUAUGUGUGUAUUGUACACGGCCGAAACCGAAGCCGAGCACACCCACGCCUACACCCGCAUAUGCUCUCACACCAUCGCAACAAAGCGAAAGGGGGGUUACAGUAGCGCAGGAAAAAAAAGACCAGCCCGCCCACUGACAGAGCAAGGUAAGUAAGUAAGUGGGCGUGGCCGAGACAUGUCAUGCAGAGGAAAGUAAAGCAAAGCAGGGGAAAAAAUCUCGCGCACGCGUCGCGGAUGCGCCGUUCAAUAAAUCAAUCCGACGCUGGAUUCCUCUUUUUUUUUUUUUUUUGCCCCCUCUCAUCCUGCGAUGAUGGUAUGUUCAAGUAUCUCGAUGCCUCCACGAUCACACAAAAACGCCCUGGGCGGGGGGAUCGCGGGAAAGCGGCUGUGGCUUUUGUAUCUGUUGGGGGGGGGGGGGCAAAAACCAUGGCUUGGGUCCGGCCGUGGCUCUUUCUUGUGUCAGUUGGUCUCGGUGGGUGGUACCGAGGCGGCCAGAGGAAGGAGAUACGAGAAGAGAGACAGGCCUGCCAGGCCCCCGGUGUGGGAUUGGGGACCCUUGGGGCGUUGUGCAUAUGUGUGUGAGUGAGUGUGUGUGUGUCUCGUCGUUGUGUGCGGGUGGCACAGAGAUCGCGUACUGACGCGGUCACACGGCAGCUGUCAAGACGAGACAGCAGGAGAGGUCAGGAGACGGUUAUGCCUGGGGGGUUGGCGAUGUAUGCAGCCAUGGGAACUUUGCAUGCAGAGCUAUGUUAUGAUAUGAGCUUGUCAUGAUGCAGAAG